GUGUGUAAAAGGAAGCUAGAGAGUAAGAAGGAAGCGCUUCUGAUCCUCUCCAAGGAACUAGACACCUGCCAGCAGGAACGGGACCAGUACAAACUCAUGGCCAACCAGCUGCGGGAGCGCCACCAGUCCCUGAAGAAGAAAUACCGAGAGCUGAUUGAUGGCGAUCCAUCGCUGCCCCCUGAGAAGAGAAAGCAGGCUAACCUGGCACAACUCUUGCGAGAUUCUCAGGACCGAAAUAAACACCUGGGAGAAGAACUUAAAGAACUUCAGCAAAGGCUUGGAGAAGUCCAAGGUGACAAUAAGCUCCUGAGGAUGACAAUCGCGAAGCAAAGGCUGGGGGAUGAGGAGAUCGGCGCCCGUCACUUCGCGGCCCAUGAGCGUGAAGACUUGGUCCAGCAGCUGGAGCGGGCGAAGGAACAGAUCGAGACCUUGGAGCAUGACCUGCAGGCCUCGGUGGACGAGCUCCAGGAUGUCAAAGAGGAGCGCUCUUCCUACCAGGACAAAGUGGAGAGGCUAAACCAGGAGCUCAACCAUAUCCUGGGCGGCCACGAGAACCGCAUCAUCGAUGUGGAUGCCUUGUGCAUGGAGAACAGGUAUCUUCAAGAGAGGUUAAAACAACUGCAUGAAGAAGUCAACCUUUUGAAAUCCAACAUCGCCAAAUACAAGAAUGCUCUUGAGAGGCGGAAGAAUUCAAAGAGCCAGGGCAAAUCAAGCAGCAGCGCCUUGACUGGGGUCCUUUCGGCAAAACAAGUUCAGGACUUACUGUCCGAGGAUCACGGAUGCAGUCUCCCGGCUACUCCACAGUCCAUCUCUGACCUCAAGUCUCUGGCCACAGCCCUGCUAGAGACAAUCCACGAGAAGAACAUGGUCAUUCAGCAUCAGAGGCAGACCAACAAAAUCCUAGGGAAUCGGGUAGCUGAGCUGGAGAAAAAAUUAAGAACCUUGGAAGUUUCUGGUUUGUGGAGUCUCCCAGGAAGCAAGGACACCAUACUCUUCAGUGACUCCACUCUUCCUACCAGACAGAGGUCGAGGUCCCCCCUGCUCAAGUUUGAACCACCUGGCAACAACAAGGCCAGUGUCAAGGAUGGGGAAGCUUCCAAGCAAAGAGACGAAAACUGUGUGGCUGUUUCCGAGGGAUUGACAGUGCCUAAGGAUGCUGAGAGACCCACUGUGGACUCCCCUGCAAACCAGAGCCCCGGAAGCCAGUGCAAGUACCUACAACCUGCCUUGCCUCCAUUCCCUUCUGAGCAGGAAGAAGGAAACAAGAUGGGAAUGGAGCUCAUAAAACUGGCACAGGGACAGGUAACCUCAGAAGCAGACGGGAUCAGCAGAGAGCAGCCCACGGAGAUGCAGAGGAAUGAGCCUGGGCCAACCUCCCCUGGUGACACCAACAGUGGAGAGCUCCUUACCUGUUGUUCAGACAUCCCGGAGUGCAGCCAGCCAGCAGUGGAAGCUGCUCCUCCAGAAGACAGCCUGAGACACCUAGAGGGUGGAGGCACAUGAAGGCCUGAGGGAGUGGAGACACUGGCAUGUUGAGGGCACCAGGGGCAGGAAGGGAAUGAUGAAACAUCACAGGUACACGGCUCAUGCCACUGUCUUCUGAAACAGCCGCGAGCCUGCAGGUGAGAGAAGCUCCGGGCCCCUCGUGAACUGUGAAUGUCCUGAGGAUGGCUGAAGGGUCUGAGUUAUUAAAUGUGGGACCUU